AUGUCACGACCCGAAGACAUCCUCCCGCCGGACCUCUUCUACAACGAUGUCGAAUCCCGCAAAUACACCACCUCGUCCCGAAUCAAAGACAUCCAAGCGUCCAUGACGCACCGCGCCCUCGAACUCCUCGACCUCCAAGACCCCUCCUUCAUCCUCGACAUCGGCUGCGGCAGCGGCCUCUCCGGCGAAAUCCUCAGCGACGUCCCGGAAGACGAGGGCGGACCGCACACAUGGGUAGGCAUGGACAUUUCGUCGUCGAUGCUCGCGCAAGCGCUGGAAAGGGACGUAGAAGGGGACAUGCUACUCGCGGAUAUCGGGCAGGGGAUACCGUUCCGCGCGGGCACAUUUGAUGCGGCGAUUAGCAUUUCGGCGAUUCAGUGGCUGUGCAACGCCGAGACGUCGGAUGUGUCGCCGGAGGGGCGGUUGAAGAGGUUUUUUGACGGGUUGUAUGCGAGUUUGCGGAGAGGGGGCAAGGCGGUGUGUCAGUUCUAUCCGAAGAAUACGCAGCAGAGGAGUAUGAUUUCCAACGCGGCGAUCAAGGCGGGGUUUGGGGCGGGGAUAUUGGAGGAUGAUCCGGAGACGAAGAAUGUCAAGUACUACCUCGUGCUCAGCGUGGGAGGAGGGGAUGUCACGGGCACGGUCAACGGGAUGGACGGCGUGGAUGUCUACGAUGCGCGGAGGAAAGAGCGGAAGCGAGGGAAGGAGGUGAAUAAGAAGGGUAGUAAGAAUUGGAUUCUGAAGAAGAAGUCGCAGAUGGAAGCCAAGGGGAGAGUCGUCAAGGCGAAUUCGAAGUAUACGGGCCGCACGAGACGAACGGCGUUCUAG